AUGGGCGGGGAGCGAGGGAAACUGACCGGAAGGGUCAUCGACGGCACGGGCUUUCGGUAUCUUAAGCAUACAGAAAUCCAAGACCAUUCUGGAGAGGUGCCGUGUGAUACUUACUUCCAACCGAACAACUGCGAUCUGGACAAACUCAGACGACUCACUGUAGAUGAUUUUGAUAGAUGUGCGCCGGCAUAUUUGGAGAUUCCAUUCAGGAAUUACUUCCUUGGCGCUGCAGGAAGGAGAAUUACGUAUCAGGAAAAUAUAAAAGCCUACAGAAGGGUAAAGAUUUUACCUAAAAUAUUGCGUGAUGUAUCGAGGAAUGAAGUGACCACAACCGUGCUUGGAUUAGAUGUCGAUUUCCCAAUUGGUAUUUCUCCAGUCGCUCAGCAAAAAUUCGCUCAUCCAGAAGGAGAGGUGGCAACGGCAGCGGCUCUUGGUGGCAUGAAAACUGUCAUGAUUCUAAGCACUUUAUCCUCAAGUUUGAUUGAAGAUGUAGCAUUCGCCGCUAGAAACUCCCCUUCACAUCUGUGGAUGCAAGUAUAUGUGUUCCAGAAUAGAAGUAUAACUAUUGAUAUCAUCCGAAGAGCAGAAAGGGCUGGUUUCAAGGCUAUUGUUGUCACAGUUGAUUCUCCCAUUCUUGGUGACGUCACAUGCGGUUCUAGAUCCCUCGCUGGAACAGUUGGGGAUGGAUUCGCAAAUUUACCUAACAGACGUCAAAUGCCACCAUUAGAUGCUUCUCUAACUUUCAAAGAUAUCACUUGGUUAACGAGCAUUACAAGAUUACCUAUCAUUGCUAAAGGUGUACUUUCAGGAGAUGAUGCGAAAAGGGCCGUACUAGCCGGAGCUUCAGCAGUUUUAGUAUCCAACCAUGGCGGAAGGCAAGUCGACACAGCUCCAGCGACGAUUGAUGUUCUUCCCGAUGUUGUUGAAGCAGUGAAUCAGAUUAAUCCUCGAGGAGAAGUUUACAUCGACGGCGGAAUUCGUAGCGGUAAUGACGUUUUUAAAGCUUUAGCUAUGGGAGCAAAAAUGGCGUUCAUAGGAAGGCCUACAAUAUGGGGUUUAGCAUGGGCUGGUUCACAUGGUGUGAAAACAGUCUUACAGAUUUUGAGAACGGAAUUUAAUGAAACUAUGAUAAUGGCAGGAACUUCCAGUCCGUGUGACGUUCGACGAGCAACGGUUAUUCCUGGACGUCUUAAUUAUGGAAGGUGAUGACUGGCAUUAAGAUAAUCAACGAGGAAACAUAUUCUAAAUAGCUUGUUUCAUCCUUUUCGAUAUUUCAUUAUUGCUGUCUGAUAGUUCACAAUUAAUUGUGAACUUUGAAUAUAUGUCAAAUUGAGUUUGUGGGAAGAUAAAUGUUUAAAUUAAUUCAUUUCAUCGUUUUCGAAACAAAUUAUGCUUCAUAAGCAUUUUUUACUCUUAAUGACCGCGUAAAUCUUAACAGAACGCAUAAAUUCAUAUUUAAGUUAUUUAUAUAGCUAGCGAUUUCAAAGCUUCACGUAAAAUUAAGUUAAAAAAUAUCUUUAAGUUAAAAGUUAUUAAUAUGGUUUAUGUUAAAUUAAUUUCAGCUAAAAAGUAAUUUAUAAUGCUUAUUUAAAUUGAUUUAAGUUAAAAGGUUUUUAAUAAUAUUUAUUUAAAUUGAUUUAAGUUGAUUUAAGUUAAAAAUUAAAAUUAAGGUAAAAUUAUUAUAUACACUGUACGCAUGCACAAUAAGGAAAAUUUUCGUUACAUUUCUAUGAUUGUUGCAUUAAAUACAAAGUUAUAUUGAAAUUACUGACCCUUAAAAAAUCACAUACGAGUACAUUAUGACUCACUUUCUGGUUUUAAAUAUUAUUAUUAAAUCUACUUCGCCGAUAGCGCAUAAACCACAAGUGUAACGAAAAUAUUAUCGAAAAUUAUCAAAACUACGCCGUGACUACCCGUCAACGAUUGUUCUGCACAGGUUCUUAAUAUACGUAUUAAGUGAUUAAUACCUUAACAAUAAUUAGACACAGUGAGUCUACUAUUAGAAUAUCUGUUUACAAUUUCAAUAUUUAUAGAAAAAAAAUAAAUCUUAUCUACUUGAAUUCUGCAGAUGUUUCUUGACGA